AUGUCUCUCUCAGUGCUCAAAACCACCUUUGAGGAGCUCCAGCGUAGCUCAGCACUCAAAAGAAAGAAUCUCAUAGCUCGUUUGGCCAAAAACAAGGAGAUCUCCUCUGAAGAAAAAGCUUGGCUUGAUGGAGACGGGAAUCUGGUGGAAGAACAGGUUGUACUCAACAAGCUGGAGGCAGCCUCUGAUUACAAGCGUGGACUGUCUUGCUUGGACUCCACUGCACAGGCUGUCGUUGCUAGGAUCCUUGCUGUGAUUGAUGUGAAGAAAAAGCCCAAUCAAGAGAACCCCUCCUCGAGUGCUUGCGCAGCACACAAAUCCACCAUUUUGUUCCGAUUCCCAUCCUUGUCUGGGAGCCUGUCCCCUCCUCCCAUCCUACCAUUGUCGCCCAAUCUGGCGCAUCAAAACCAACCCAGACCCUCCAAUCCCUACCUUGCCCUCCCACCGCCUGAAGACGAGAUCCCCAACCUUGACGAGUUGCCCUCCAAACAGCCACCCCCAUCCACCACACCUGCUCCUACCAUGUCAGGUCACCAUCGCAUCACCCUCGCCGCCAACCCCCCCUACUUCAAUGGGGACAAGUCCAAAUAUCUGGGCUUUGUGGACGCGUGUACCACUUACAUUGGUGCCUACUGA